CAAACCUUGCUGAACGGAAAGAGAAGGCAGCCCUGUGUUUGCGAUAUAAGGCCACCUUACGAAUGGUAGCUCUAAAAACGCGUAAGGAAAAAUAAUAAAAAGAAAGAGAGAAAGAUGUCGGUGAUAAAAACACAAGUAAACUAAACUUCCAAGAUUCGUCAGCUGUUGGUCAAAGCAAAGCAAAGCAAUACACGAGCGGCUGGCCUUUUUAUCAUUAUUAUUCCACCACCGUCGCCAACCACCACCAUUUUCCUCUCAGUUUCUCUUCCACCGCCACCGUUCCAACAGGAGUUGGUUUAAGUUUCUGAAUUGCGGAAACAAUGGAUAAGAAGGUCGGUUCAGAUCAGUUUGGGGUGGGUGGGGAUGUUUGUUGCAAAAUAGUUAAGAAACUGGAUAUGGAAACCGAGGAGGAUUUUUGUUUGUUGUCGUCGCCUUCGUCGAUGGUUGAUAAUGGUGGGUUUGGCUUGCGGCCGAUUACUCCGGAAUCGAACAAAGAUGGUUCGGAGGUUACGUCUUGCUUUACGUCACCGUUGACAUUGGUGUCAUCACAUAUGAAUGUAGAUGACGAUGAGGGUGACAACCCGAGUACGCCAAAAGAUGUUGUUUUUGACCCUUUUGCCCCUGGUCCAGACAGCUUGAUGCUGGCUCCUCGUAGCGUGAAAUAUCUUCAGGAGUCACGGAAUUAUGUUGAAAGGAGGCUUAAUUUUAACUCGAUGAAGACCAAAAAUGACGAAAGUGCCCUUGAGGAUGAUAUGUUGUUAGUGGAGGCUGUUUAUGACUCUCUUUUGGAAUGCAUUAUAUCUAAGCAGGCCGAGGAUAUCCUUGGUGAGAUCUCAGCCGUUGAUUCUUCUUCUUCUUCAAGUCCUGAUGCAGUCAUGACACCUUUUGGUCCCCGUCUCACUGGUAUCGCGGAGACUUGCCCUGAUGCGCCUUUGAAGCCUGUUGUUAAGAAAUCAAGGUACAUUGAUCACAGUUUGUGCAGAAAGCUUGAACUUGACUUUGCAGUAUAAACAUAAUAUUAUUAUCUUCUCCUAAGUAUGGGUAGUUUGUAGUGAUAAUGAAAGGCUAACCUUAUUUUGCUUCUAGAAUUAGUAAUGUUGAUUCUCAUAGUUUUAUGUACUCUUGUGGUUAAGUUAAGUUGAGAAUGUUGUUUGUAUGGAUGUCAUAUUGUAUCGCUGAUCUAAUACUUAUAUCGAUUGCAGAAAAUUGUUUUAUGUUUA